AUGGUCAAAAAUCAUGAAUUAUAUGUCAUCUUGAUCAAAAAAGGUGUGGAACGUGCGAUUUUGGACAAAAGUGGUGUGAAACGUACGAGUUUGGUCAAUAGUGGUGUGGAACGUGCGACUAUGGUCAAAAAUCAUGAAUUAUAUGUCAUCUUGAUCAAAAAAGGUGUGGAACGUGCGAUUUUGGACAAAAGUGGUGUGAAACGUAUGAGUUUGGUCAAUAGUGGUGUGGAACGUGCGACUAUGGUCAAAAAUCAUGAAUUAUAUGUCAUCUUGAUCAAAAAAGGUGUGGAACGUGCGAUUUUGGACAAAAGUGGUGUGAAACGUACGAGUUUGGUCAAUAGUGGUGUGGAACGUGCGACUAUGGUCAAAAAUCAUGAAUUAUAUGUCAUCUUGAUCAAAAAAGGUGUGGAACGUGCGAUUUUGGACAAAAGUGGUGUGAAACGUACGAGUUUGGUCAAUAGUGGUGUGGAACGUGCGACUAUGGUCAAAAAUCAUGAAUUAUAUGUCAUCUUGAUCAAAAAAGGUGUGGAACGUGCGAUUUUGGACAAAAGUGGUGUGAAACGUACGAGUUUGGUCAAUAGUGGUGUGGAACGUGCGACUAUGGUCAAAAAUCAUGAAUUAUAUGUCAUCUUGAUCAAAAAAGGUGUGGAACGUGCGAUUUUGGACAAAAGUGGUGUGAAACGUAUGAGUUUGGUCAAUAGUGGUGUGGAACGUGCGACUAUGGUCAAAAAUCAUGAAUUAUAUGUCAUCUUGAUCAAAAAAGGUGUGGAACGUGCGAUUUUGGACAAAAGUGGUGUGAAACGUACGAGUUUGGUCAAUAGUGGUGUGGAACGUGCGACUAUGGUCAAAAAUCAUGAAUUAUAUGUCAUCUUGAUCAAAAAAGGUGUGGAACGUGCGAUUUUGGACAAAAGUGGUGUGAAACGUACGAGUUUGGUCAAUAGUGGUGUGGAACGUGCGACUAUGGUCAAAAAUCAUGAAUUAUAUGUCAUCUUGAUCAAAAAAGGUGUGGAACGUGCGAUUUUGGACAAAAGUGGUGUGAAACGUACGAGUUUGGUCAAUAGUGGUGUGGAACGUGCGACUAUGGUCAAAAAUCAUGAAUUAUAUGUCAUCUUGAUCAAAAAAGGUGUGGAACGUGCGAUUUUGGACAAAAGUGGUGUGAAACGUACGAGUUUGGUCAAUAGUGGUGUGGAACGUGCGACUAUGGUCAAAAAUCAUGAAUUAUAUGUCAUCUUGAUCAAAAAAGGUGUGGAACGUGCGAUUUUGGACAAAAGUGGUGUGAAACGUACGAGUUUGGUCAAUAGUGGUGUGGAACGUGCGACUAUGGUCAAAAAUCAUGAAGAAUAUGUCAUCUUGGUCAAAAGUGGUGUGGAACGUGCUAUUUGCGACAAAAGUGGUGUGGAGUGUACGGUUUUAGUCAACACUCGUAAACAAAAUACUAUCUUGUAA